GGCGGCUGAAACGGGCCCCGGCCUCCGAGCCGCGAGAUAUCGAGAACAAUGGAUUUCCCCAGGCGGGACGACAGAAGCUGCCGCAGCGAUGACUCUGGCGGCGAGGUCUUCAGGAACAUCCCGAAGAACAGUAGCAUCUUUCGAGUCUGGAAGAUCGAGGGUCUACGCGCGACAAUUGUAACCGGCAGCAACAUGGGUCUCUUUCUCUCCGAAUCGGCGUACAUCGUCUACGCCGUGUCCGCAAAGGAUGGUGCACUUCCUUACCCGGGCAUGCCGAUCAAGGAUCUCAAGGAUCUCAGCUCUGUGGUGCGUGCUAUCCAUUUCUGGAUCGGCGCCAACUGCGACUCGACGGCGUCCGGCGCCGCGGCGCUCCGCGCCGCCGAGCUCGACUCGCAAACGUCGGCGAUGAUCCUGACGCGCGAGGCUCAGGGGCGCGAGAGCCCCCGGUUUCUCGCUUACUUCCGGCAGCGACUGAUCGUGGAGAACCUGCAUCACGAGCCGCCCGCUUGCGCCCUGCACCGCGUCUCUGGUGUAGCUGUACCAAUUCUGACCGAACUGGAGAGAGUCCAUUGGGAGCACUUCAGUUGUCGAGACGUCAUCCUGGUGGACGUUCGCGCAAAAGGUGUUGUUUUCCUGUGGCUGGGAUCUCUGUCUGAUCCACUGCACAAACGCCACGCUGUCAAUCUCUUGGAGUCUCGAAAGGAGAACAACAACGGCCGCGUGGUGGUAAUUGAAGAUGGCUACGAGCAAACUUUGCCCAUAGAUGACAGGGAGCUCUUUAGCAGUGUGCUCGAUUCCUCGGCGAGGGUGGUAGCGGCCGAUCGGCGGCACCGCGUCAACCCCCCUAGCCCCAUUAAACUGUAUAAAUGCAGUGAGCAGUCGGGCAAGUAUAAAGUUGCCGAACUCAAAUCCGGGCCGAUUCUACGUGACGAUCUGACUUCCGGUUCUGUGUACCUGGUGGACCGGGGCGAAGCCGGUGUCUGGGCCUGGGUGGGUCGCGAUGUCAAUGCCCGAGAGAGAUUGGAAGCCGUGAGAAAUGCGCGGGGUUUCGUUAAGAAAAAGGAUUACAGCGACAGCGUGCCGGUGGCUAGAACGGCCGAAGGUUACGAACCGACGGAGAUGAAGGCGUUAUUGAGGGGCUGGGAGCCUUCCAAGACAAGGCCGUUGACCUUGCCAACGAGUUUCGAGUCCGAUUACAUGAAUGAGAGGCCCAGGAUGGCAGCCGAGUGCCAACUGGUGGACGACGGAUCUGGCGAACGGACUUUAUGGAGGGUCGAACAAAAGGAGGGCAUGGUCCAAGUGGAAGAUGAUAGGGGAAUCUAUUACGCGGAAGCUUGCUACGUGAUGCUGUACAAGUACGGACAAGGACGAAGAUGUCGAAGUAUUGUUUAUUGCUGGGAAGGUGUCCAUUCUAUCAAGGUGGAUCGAGAUGCAGCUUCGACAGUAGCUUGCCGUCUAUCUGAAGAAACGAACGCACAGUUGGUGAAGGCAGCUCAAGGCAGAGAACCACCUCACUUAUUGCAGAUCUACGACGGCAAACUCAAAAUACUUGCCGGACGCCAUCGCAAUUCGCCGCCGAAAAAGUAUUUGGUCAGAGUGUUUGGCUCAACGCCAUAUACUUCGAAAGCCGUGGAACGCCCAAUGCGAGCGAGUAGUCUGGACUCCAGCGCAGUGUUCAUCUUUUUCUCCGGUGCACCGGUUGUCUGGUGUGGCGGCAAAAGCACCGGUGACGCGAGACAGACGUCGCGACGCCUCGCGCCCAGAAACGCGCCUCUCAUCGUCGAAGGCAAGGAAGGUGACGACUUUUGGGUUGAGCUCGGAGGGAGAGGCAUCUAUAGCACGGAAACUGAAGAAGUCGGUGAGGAGCUGGAUAAACAUUUGUUUCAAUGUCACACCGAAAACGGUCUUUUCGUGGGCGAGGAGAUUCUUGGAUUCCGACAGAAUUCUUUGAUACCAGAAGCUGUUUGGUUGCUAGACGCUGGCAAUGUGAUUUGGGUGUGGAUAGGCAAGUUUUCGAGUCCGAAAACGCUGCAGGACUGCGUCGAGGAUGCCACAAUAUAUCUCUACACGCAUCCCGCAGGUCGAAAUCGUAAUACAACUAUCUCUGUGAUCAAACAAGGUCUAGAACCAGCGACCUUCAUUGGACUAUUCGAUAAUUGGAAUCAUAAUUUAUUGAGAGAUUACAAGCCAUUCGAAAUCUUCUGCGCUCUGUUGGAAGACAAAGAUCAAUCGACGAGGACGCAGACGACCUCAAAAGCCACUACGGAUUUCGAUAAUUAUAUGAAAUAUCCGCUUGCAGUGCUGAAAAGCGAACCAGAAAAUUUACCAGCUGGUGUGGACGUUAGACGCAAGGAAAUGCAUCUGACUUAUGACAAUUUUAUCGCGAUUUUCAAAAUGGAACCCGCGGAAUUUGAGAAACUACCGAUCUGGAAAAAGCAACGCCUCAAACAGGCUGCUGGACUCUUCUAAUAUUUUUUU